AUGCCUCACGCAGAUUCUGCUCUCGUACCCCAAGGGCUAGACAAGGCAGCAUUUUGGGACCACAUUCACGAUCAACUAGCGGCUUUGCUAGAAGGACAACGGAAUUGGGUGACAAACCUUGCGAAUGCGUCCUCGCUCAUCUACAACUCCCUCCUUGCGUUCGAGCCUUAUUUUGGCGACAAAGAGCGGGCCGUUAACUGGUGCGGGUUCUACAUCGUUUCAAGCUUAUUUCCAUCACCGCGCAUAUCGCAAGCAGACGGAAAUGAAGCAGAAGCUCGCAGUCAAUUGCUACUGGGACCGUUUUGCGGUAAACCGGCGUGCCAAUUCAUUAAUACAACUCCCGGCAAGGCUCGCGGAGUUUGUGCCGACGCUUUUUUGGGCCGGCGGGUCAUUCGCGUGCACAAUGUGAACGAGUAUCCAGGUCACAUCGCAUGUGAUGGGGAAACAAAAAGCGAAAUCGUCUGUCCCUUGACCUUGGGAGCAAACGGCGAAGAGAUAGCAGUGGGAGUGUUGGAUCUCGAUUGUCUAGCCUUCGGCGGUUUCACCGAGGAUGAUGAACGAGGUUUAGAGAAAAUUGCGGAUCUGGUGGUCGCGGCGUGUGACUGGUAG